AUGCAGUUUUUGAGGCAACCGUUGGCUGUCAACAAGUUAAACAGAAGGUUAUUUCCGAGACUUAGCACCCGAAAAAAAUAUCAUAUCGUAUCAGCUCUACGAGACUAUGGACCAGAAGUUGUAGAGAAACUCCGUGGGACUAUAAAAGUAGAGUACACUUUGGCGAGGCGAGGAGCUGAUCGGCUUUGGGAAAUGAUUUAUCGAGGAGAGGGCUCGUACGUAAACGCUCUUGGCGCUAUGACAGGUGGUCAAGCAGUUCAAAUGGCUAAAGCCGGUUUACAAUCCAUUUACCUGAGUGGCUGGCAGGUAGCUGCAGACAGUAACAUGGCGAGUCAAACCUAUCCCGAUCAGAGUUUGUACCCCGUAAACUCAGCAGCAAAGCUUGUUGAACGAAUCAACAACGCCUUCAUCAGAGCAGAUCAGAUUGCACACAUGGAAGGAAAAGAUCAUCACAUUGAUUUCUUUUUGCCAAUUGUGGCUGAUUGCGAGGCUGGAUUUGGUGGCCCGUUGAAUGCCUUCGAAAUCACGAAAUCUAUGAUUACAGCCGGUGCUGCAGGCGUCCAUUUUGAAGAUCAGGUGGCAUCAGAGAAGAAAUGCGGCCACAUGGGAGGAAAGGUUCUUCUACCGACACAACAGUUUAUCAAAGUCUUAAACGCUGCUCGCCUUGCUACUGACGUUAUGGGUGUUCCCACUGUUAUCAUUGGACGAACAGAUGCCGAGUCAGCAGCGCUUGUGACGUCAGAUAUCGACCCACGUGACCAGCCAUUCUUGACUGGCGAAAGAACAGCCGAGGGAUUCUAUCGAUCAACCGCUGGCUUACAGCAGGCCAUUGCUCGUGGACUGAGUUAUGCUCCAUAUUGUGAUGUGAUUUGGUGUGAGACAGGUAAACCUAACUUGGACGAGGCACACAUGUUCUCUGAUGCAAUCCAUUCCAUGUUUCCAGGAAAACCACUCGCAUACAACUGCUCGCCUUCCUUCAACUGGAAAGCCAACCUCAGCGAUAAAGAGAUAGCUGAGUUUCAGAAAGAACUCGGUAAAAUGGGCUACAGAUAUCAGUUUAUUACCUUAGCCGGUUUCCACUCGCUUAAUCACGCUAUGUUCAAGUUAGCACGUGACUACAGAGAUCACGGCAUGUCUGCCUACACCAAGAUUCAAGAAGACGAGUUUGCGCAAGCGCAAUUCGGCUUCACAGCACAUAAACAUCAAAGAGAGGUGGGGACGGGAUAUUUUGACCAAGUGAGUAUGGCGAUCAGCGGAGGAACAAGUUCAACGACAGCUUUAGAAGGAUCAACCGAAACGGAACAAUUUUGCAACAAAAAAUCAGUACUAAUCAAUGAGAAACAAAGUUUUGGGCGAUAA